UUCUCCGUGUACUCCUUUUCUUAUUACGAUGGAUUUCAUAUCAAGGGUCGAGGUUUGCGAUAAGUUUUCAAUAUUUUUCAGAGAUAACCCUUCACGCCUCCAUCCGAGCCAGCGUUUCCUGCCUCUUUUCGAGUACGCAAAAUACAAAUCUGAAAUCUUUCUUUUCCUCACUCCCCGUGGAAGGUUGCGAAACCUUUGCUGUUUUGAUGAACUAGGCAAUAGUUGAGUACAAGAAAUGCCUGUCAGAAAAACUGAUUUUUUGAAGUCGAGAAAAUAUUUCCCCAACCAGUUGGAACUGCCCCCACAACAUCCUGAUGAGCAGGAAAAAAAUACAUCGUGUGUAUCUGCAUCUGCAUCAACUCCUAUAGCUUCUCUGAUAACCGUUUUGCCCGGUAUACAACCAGUUUCUAUUUUUCUUAAAGAGCCUGGAAAUUGUUGUCAAGCUGCUGAAUCCAAUCACCUUCGGUUUACUUCUGAACACGGCGUACCUCAUUCAGCUGAUUCUAGGGGGAACACUGAUAACGAAAGGAAAGAACAGUUACUAUAUAUACAGAAGCCUUUGAACCUCCACGAAGAGUAUGAUAAGAGGGAUAACAUUCAAAUGUUUUGUCAUUUAUCAUCUGUUGAGCUUAGCAGAUAUGCCAUCGAUUUGGAGAAAAGAUCAAUCCAGCUAUCAAUCGAGGAAGUGAAGGAGAUCAGAAGGAUGAAUGCUCUAAAUAUAUUUGGAAAGUCUUCACCAGCCAGCCAUCCCUCGCCAACAUUUCAACAAGUUCAAACCAAAAGAUGAAUGGCGAUUCGAUACAAAUAUGUUAGAUUCUAGUGAUUUUGCUGAUGACCAGGUAAAUGAAUCUGCUUCAAUUUCUUCAUUUUUCCUUUUCCAUCUUCUUGGUUGGCCUGAAACGAAUCUACCUCUUUUUGGUUACUGUGAACCUUGCGCUUAGGAUCGGAAUUUACCAAUUAUAAUCUGUGUCAUCUUUUACCUUUGAGCGGUAGAAUUAGUGAGGGAUCGGGAAUAAUUUUCAAUAUGACCCCUUUUUUCACGGUGGAUGAAGAAAGUCUUAUCAAUAUCAGUCUCUACUGUUUUCUUAACUGGAAUGAAUGGCUGAUUGAAAUGGUUUGAGUUAAUAUGUUUUAUUAGAUUUUGAGAAAUGAGAGAAAAAAUUAAAUAAAAAUAUUACAAAGUUAAAAUGUUAUUAGAAUAUAAUUUUUUACUAUAUUUUUAAUAUAAUUUUAUUUUGAAAUUUGAAAAAGUAGUAUUGUUUUUUGUAUUUUGUUUGAAAGUUUGAGAAAAUUGUAAUGAUUAGAUGAAAAAGUGGAAGAUUUGAAAUAGAAAAGUGUGAUUGAGUAGUAUUUGGAAAAGAAAUUAUGAGAAGUUUUAAGAUGAGAUGAAAUCAUCUCUUCCCAAACAAGCCCUAAAUCUACUGCCAUUAGAAAUCAUGGGUUUUAAAAUUCUAUUGAAACUAUAAUGUGAGUCGGUCGACCUAGAAUGACUUAGCAAAAGCGAAAGUAAAGGUCUCAGCUGCACCUAAAGACACUUUUUUUUCAAUUUUCUUUUUUUUUUGGAGGAACCUCUCCAAGGCAGUACCUUUUGGAUCUAUCUUUGUAGAGUAAAUCUCUGUCUUGUAUACCGUACUUAAAUCACUGGUUUUUCACUAGGGGGUGUGAACCCAAAGGAUUGUUUGCACCCAUGAGGUGUUGAACCUUGGACCUUGAAGGGAGUGAUAUUCCAAGACUAAGGGCUUCACCACUUGGGCCAACUCUUUGGGGUUUAAAGUCGAACAUAUUCUCUCCUAAAUCUUAGGAGCAAGAAAUUAAUUUAUAUAAUCACUAGAUAGCCUAUACAAUAAGAGUAAUGUUAUAUAUAGUCGUGAGUAUGUAAGCAUUACACAAUCGUUUUGAGAAAAAUAGAUCUAUUAUUUAAAAAUUAAUUUUUUUAUAUAAAUUUUGUAUUUAUUUCUUUUUCAAAAAAAAUUGCAUAAAAUUUGUUUAGUCUAUAACUAUAAAUAUCAUUUAUCGUACAACCAUACCUGCAGAAGAAAAACACGAAGUGGGUCCAAAAAUCAUAUGCAAAAAGCUUCUCAUGGGUCUUAAAAGAGAGGUUUUUACAAUAUAAAUGGUGCAUGUCGUUGACCACUUAUAUAUAAAGAGAUUGAUAGUUUAAUAGAGAAUCUAUGAUAUAAUUCUCGCAACUGACAAGGAUGGUCUAAUUUUUCCUAUGGCCGCCAAAUGUUGUUAUCCCAAUCGUAGGUAUUUUCUAGAUUUUAAAAGCGAGCUUUCACGCCCCCACCAUGUUUCCACGCCACCAAGAAAUUUCCGACCAACACAUUUGAAACAUAAACCAAAAAUUCCCAAGCCAAAAGGCAUGCAACGACGUGGCAGAUUUUGAUUGUUUCAUUGCUAGGACUAAAGUAGCUGAAAAUGACCUAUUGAUUCGAAAGUUCAUGUAAUGUCAAUAAAAAAAUAAACCGUUUUGUCCUCUUGUCGUUCCAACGUGUUGUAGAUUUCUUGUUUACUCUACCAUGAUGUUUUUCUCAUGACAUGAAAUAAAUAUGUUGAACCA